UCAAUCUAUAAAGUUCAUACCAUUCCAUUUUUGUCAUACCUAAACUAUAUUCAUCAAUGUGUGUGGAAGACGAUACAAAGAAAGCAGCACCCGAUCGCGGAGGCAAGAAAGAAGAUGGCCUCAUCACCGCCGUAUUGAAGCUCGACUUGCAUUGUGAAGGCUGUGCCAAGAAAGUCAGCCGCUCCGUUCACCAUUUUGAAGGUGUUGAGAAUGUUAAGGCAGACAGUGGCAACAACAAAUUGACCGUGACAGGGAAAAUGGACCCUUUUUGGCUCCGAGAGAGAGUUGAAUGCAAAACUAAGAAAAAGGUGGAGCUCAUCUCACCUCAGCCCAAAAAGGAAAACCGAGGCGGAAGAGAUGGCAGCACUGAUGACAAGAAAUCGGAUGAAAAAUCGGAAAAGAAAACUCAGGAGAAAAAGGGCGACGAUAAAACAUUCAAAGAGCCUACAGAUAGUACAGUAAUGAUGAAGACUAAACUCCACUGUAAUGGAUGCGCCCAUAAAAUAAAACGAAAUAUAGUAAAAAAUGUUGAUGGGGUGAAUUCAGUAACGACGGAUUUGGAGAAGGAUUUGGUCACAGUACAUGGAAAAAUGAACGUGAAAGAGCUCACAGCUUAUUUAAAAGAAAAAUUAAAGAGGGACAUAGAGAUUGUUACUUCAAAGAAAGAUGACGGCGAAGGAAAGAAGGGAAAAGAAGGUGGCGGUGGAGAUCAGGAAGAGAAACAAGGUGACUAUGGCAAAGAAGGUGCCGGCGAAGCUGAAGAAAGUAAAAGAGCGGAGAAAAGAGUAGCUGUUAACAAAAUGGAAUUUCAAGGGUACAAUCCACGGGUACACUAUGCCUUACCAGUAUACAACCAAAGCUAUGCAAAUCAAGACUAUGGUGUGACAAUGUAUGACCAACGUUACACUAAUACUAUAUAUCGACCCUUGCCACCUCCACCACCCACCUACGGCCAAAGUUACACCAAUUCUAUACAUCGACCCUUGCCGCCUCCACCACCCACCUACGGCCAAAAUUACACUAAUUCUAUACAUCGACCCUUGCCGCCUCUACCACCACCCACCUAUCUUAAUGUAAAUGAUGAAAUGUCUAGUGAUGAAAAUCCCAAUGCUUGCUUUGUCAUGUGAUCAAUGAGGAGAAUAGUUAUCAAAUUGUACUAGACAAGAAAGAAAUGUACAAGGAUAUAUACAACAAAUAUAUAUGUAUAUGAUGAUAGAAUUUGUCUUA